GAAGAAUUGGAAUCGGGAGAAACAGAUGCUACAUGUCCUAGUUGUUCUUUAGUUGUAAAAGUUGUAUAUGAUCCUGAAACAUUACCUCAUAAACAAAAAUCAUCUACAGUAAAAAAAGAUCUAGAAAAGUGUUAGUCUAAUGGCUGGUGCAUCAAGAGGAAAAAGAGGAGGAGGCCGUGGAGGAGUUGGUAAUCGUCCACACAUAUCUAUUGGACCAGACAAAAUUGAAACUGAUGAUCCACUUGAUUUUAAAGCACCUGAACUUUUUCCUCCCUUGAGAGCAACAGUUACUGAUAUUGAGGAAGAUAGUGAAGAUGAAGAUUUGAUAUCCUUUGAAAAGAAGUUGGCUAAACAUUUUCAUAAUGCUACAUCAUUUAUUUCCAAAGAAGAGUAUACAAGCCCUUGGUCUUAUCUCAAAAGUAUUGAUAAUCAUAACUAUUUUCCUCCUUCAUUAUUACCAAAAAAAAAAAAGAAUUCCCAAGAUGAAAAACAUAACAGUUUACUCAACGAUGUACAAUGGAUGGAAAAAUUAAAAUCCGAAGUAGCAAAUCAUGAUUAUUUGUCAUUACAAGAAAUUGUUUCUGCUAAAAAAAAUAAAAUUGAUGAUUUCCUUUGUCCUGCCAACAAAAAGAAACCAAAAACUGAUAAUAGUACUACUACAUCACAAUUAAUCAAUGAAAGUAUAGCUAAAGAACUUGAUGAUGAAGAAGAUAUUGAUGUUGAAGAUGGCGAAGAACGUAAAAAAAAAGAAGAUGAAGAAAAUGAUGAACAACCUAAAGACAUUGAUGAAGAAUUUGAUAGUGAUAUAGAUGACGAAUUAGAUGAUGGCACGGAUUAUAAUAAAAACUAUUUUGAUAAUGGUGAAGGCUAUCUUGAUGAUGAAGAUGAUGGUCUGGAUGAUAAUGAUGCAAUUUAUUAAAUAAUGCAUAUUAUUUAGUUACCCAAUAUGAAAAAAA